UACAAGGAAGGAUGUAGCUGCGUACCUCGGUGUGGAAAGUGCCUUUUUCUUAAACGCCUCCCGUUCACGUAAUAGUGCCGGAUCCAUUUUUUUGUUUAUAUAAGACUAAUCUUCAAAAGAAUGAAAAUGCGGCUUGGCAGUAUAGUAACGUCGUUAAGUAGUUUAAUCAUAUUAUUUCAGUGUGUAUCAGCAAACGACACACCAUGGAGCUGGACUUGUGAUAACGGCAAAUGCAUUAAGACUCGCUAUGACAAAACCAGCACAGAGCCCAGCCUGAGCUUGGAAGCCUGCAAGAUGUUCUGCAACGAGUAUGGAUUACUCUGGCCGAAGCCCACAGGUGAUGUGGACCUCGGCAACUACCUCUCCAAGAUCAACCUGAAAAAUAUUCAUGUCAAAAUCCUGAAUAACGGCAAAUCUGACGACUUGAUGGAAGCAGCAGCCCAGCGGUUGAAAGAAAUGGUCGCGCUGACCAUACCAAAGGGCUCUAUUCCAAAAAUGACGGGCAAAUCUUUGGAGCUGCAUCUCGUCAACGCCAAUCCGGACUUAAGGGAUUUUUCCUUGGACAUGGAUGAGAGUUAUAACUUAUACGUGGGCCCCAAGGAGUCUAACGGCAAGAAGACUUCCGACCUGAACGCCACCAUCACCGCCAACACAUUCUUUGGGAUCCGCCACGGCCUGGAGACGCUCACACAACUUUUUGUUUACGACGAAAUCAGAGAUCAUUUACUGUUGGUACGAGAUGUGAAGGUGACAGACAAACCGGUGUACCCGUACAGGGGGAUCCUGCUCGAUACCGCCAGGAACUUCUAUACAGUCGAAUCCAUUAAGAAGACAAUCGAUGCUAUGGCGGCGGUGAAGCUGAACACGUUCCACUGGCAUAUCACCGACAGCCAGAGCUUCCCGUUCGAGUCCAGCAGGAGGCCACAGCUCACCAAGAUGGGAAAGCUCGGCGAAACCAAGGUGUACAGUAAAGAAGCGAUCAGGGACGUUGUCAAGUACGGUUUGGAGCGCGGCGUGCGCGUGCUGCCCGAGUUCGACGCGCCGGCGCACGUGGGCGAGGGGUGGCAGGACACCAACCUCACUGUCUGUUUCAAGGCUGAGCCAUGGAGAUCCUACUGCGUGGAACCACCAUGCGGUCAGCUGAACCCCACCAAAGAUGAGUUGUACGACUACUUGGGCGACAUUUAUGCAGACAUGGCUGAGGUAUUCGAAACAACGGACAUAUUCCAUAUGGGCGGGGACGAGGUGAGCGAGAAGUGUUGGAACGCUUCGGAAUCAAUCCAGAACUUCAUGGUGCAGAACCGCUGGGACCUAAGCUCCGGCGGGUUCCUCAAGCUCUGGAACUACUUUCAGAACAAGGCGCAAGACAAGGCUUAUAAGGCUUUCGGAAAGAAACUGCCGCUGAUUCUUUGGACGAGCACGUUGACGAACUACGAGCACGUGGACCAGUUCUUAAACAAAGAUGAUUAUAUCAUACAAGUAUGGACCACUGGCCUGGAUCCUCAGAUACAAGGUUUACUCGGAAAGGGCUAUCGUCUCAUCAUGUCCAAUUACGAUGCUUUGUAUUUGGACUGCGGCUUCGGUGCUUGGAUAGGCAGCGGUAAUAAUUGGUGUUCCCCUUACACCGGCUGGCAGAAGGUUUACGACAACAGUCCAGCGGCGAUGGCUUUGCAUCACAAAGAUCUUAUUCUCGGAGGGGAAGCAGCGUUAUGGUCAGAACAGUCGGACGCGUCUACACUCGACAACCGCCUGUGGCCGCGUGCCGCCGCCCUCGCCGAGCGGCUGUGGGCCGAACCCGCGCUCACCUGGCGCGACGCCGAGUACAGGAUGCUGCAUGCCAGGGAACGAUUGGUCCGCAUGGGAAUCCAGGCUGAUUCCAUCCAACCAGAAUGGUGCUACCAGAAUGAAGGCUACUGUUAUUAGUAGUCAUCAUAAUAUAUAAAUAUAAGCAGAGCUGCCCAUGCCAGUUGUAAAUUACCCUGCUUCAGUCUGUUAUAUUUUUUGGCAUUCCUGGCCUACUUUGCACUUAGCACAUUCCCCAAAAAUUUCUCGACUUAAAAAUAAUGUGAUAUGAAACAGUAGAUACCUUGCAUUAAUAAACGAAAAUGGACAAAUACUCAUUUCAAAGAAAAGCAGUCAAAUUAUAAAAAAAACUUAACUUUCUUAUGUUAAUUCAGUUACAAGUUUUAUAGUUGUAAAAUUCCAUUUCUAAUGAUAUUUGAGGAGCUGGCAAACAAAACGGUAUAAUUACAUAAAAUUAAAUUUUACAGGAGCUGUAUAAAACUGAAUGACAUACCUCUUGUCAGUUUUUGCCAUGGUUUUUAAUUUAUAAAUUUAGUAAUUUUAACACUGUUUUAGGCGGUUUUGAUUGAAAAUUUAAUUGAGAUUCAAAUACAACGGGCCCGAAACCUCCGGACUGUAAAAAAAAAGUAUUUUGACCAAGAGGACUACUCUAUUUCGACGAAAAACGAAAUUUCGAUCGGAAUUUCGCACGUUAUUUACUCUAUUUCUUUUUCAUUUCGAAAAUUCGUUCGUCCGAAAAUAGUUUGACAGUUAAAUUCUCCAAGCCUACUCUAAUUCACAAUACUUUCGAACGAAAAGUUGAAUUGGACAUAUAUUUGUUCGAAAUUUUAACCUCAAAUUGACGAAAUUAAAAGUGUUACGUUUUCUUUUUCGGUUUGGGAUUUUUAUUUGAAUUAAGUCUAAAAUGCUUGAUAGAGUAUUCUUUCAUCCAGGCUGCUUAGCUCGAGGAACAUUUUAUAGCAUGUAAAAUUGACAAUGAAACGAAAUUUUUAUUAUUUAUUGUAUUUCCAAUACUUCAAAAUAUUAAACGACAAAUUUAGGUUGACAUACAAUCGAGUGUAUCAACUCUACAAACCAGUCGGCUAACACUGUCAAAAAAGGUUCUUUCAAUGUUAUCAAAAAUGUUGUCAUAUAGUAACAUUGUUUCCAAGUAAAAAACGUUAUUUAAAAAGUAAACAUAAAAAGAACUUACAAACAAGACUCAAUCCAUUCGUUCACGAAAAUUGUUUGUGAUUCCGAACUUAAUGUGCGUGUUCGAAAAUAAAAUAGAGUAGAGUCAUUGGCGAAAUUUCGUUUAAAAUUCGUUCGUUACCGAAUCUUCGUUUCGGAGAAAGAGAGUAGAGCUCCAGAUGCGUAAUUAUAUUGUUUUGUUCGCUAGCUCCUCAUUUUAUGAUUCAGGCUUUCUCAUUUUUGUAUUUUGGUUUAAGUAGUUGUACAAUUUAGGUCCAUUAUAUGUAGGUACGCGAUAAAAAGAAAAUACAAUCAGCUUUGAUUCGCUAAACUAAUUGUUGAUUUUAAAUAUUUUCCCGAUCUUUUCCCGUACCAACUCUACAUUUCCCGACAAAUCGGGUAACUUCUGCGCCAUUGGCAGCAUUGAUUAUAAGUUACUUAACUCAUCAUUUUGGCUUUCGUGUAUUAUUAAAUUACUACUCGUUAAUCUCAUCGCAGAUGCCAGAAUAGUACACAAUACUUAGAUUAGGGGAGGCUCAAAUACGUGCCUAAAACAUUUAACUGUUGCAAUUUAUAUUAAUUACGAAUCACUGUGAUUGUAAUAAGUAUUUAUGCAGUACUUUUAUUGUAUGCCUUCUUAGCGUACCGCUCUACGCGACUUCUUUUUAUAUAGUCAAUUAACACCGUUUGUGAUCUUUUAUUAAUAUAAAUAUUGAUGUAUAAAAGUAUUAAAUUUAUACGUAAUUGAU